CUGAGAGUCCAAUUCUGAGAAGCUGGGGGUGGUAUGUGUGGAGUCAGGCCUGUGAUUGGACUGCAGAGUUCUCUAGGGAGGAGGAAAACAAAAGUAAAAAGGAAAGAGCUGGGGAGAGGGGAGAGGCCCACCCCACCUCCCAUCCCACCCCUAUGCACACUCACCCAGGCCUGGAAGAGGGGACAGCCACUAGCCUGCAGAGGGUCCGUGUGUGUCAAAGGUGAUAGCGACAGAUGCUGGACCCAGGGAGACCUCCACCCCAAGUCGGCCUGCAAGGCCUCCGGGGACUGACUUGCCAACAGCUGGACUUGAUCACCAGCUUGCUAAGUGAGAUCAUGCAUCUGAGGGAGUAACUAGCAGACUUUGCUGUCCGGCUGUUUUUGGAGAAUUUUUCUCAGCAGCGGCUAGAAAGCAGGAGACCACCACCUGGACCCUUGAGCCUUCUUCGAGAAGCAACAGCAGAAGAGCUUCCCACCCUGGGUGGUUUGCAGGACCAUGCUGGCUCUUAGGCGAGCUUCUGCUUUCAGGGUUCUGAUCCUCACGGCCUUUCUGCCCCUGCCGCAGUUCGCCCAGGACCCGGCCAUGGUGCACUACAUCUAUCAGCGCUUUCAAGUCUUGGAGCAAGGACUGCAGAAAUGUACCCAAGCAGCAAGAGAAUACAUUCAAGAUUUCCAAGAGUUCUCGAAAAACAUAUCCGUUAUGCUGGGACGAUGUCAGACGUACACAAGUGAGUACAAGAGUGCGGUCCGUAACCUGGCACUGAGAGUCGAACGCGCCCAGCGGGAGAUCGACUACCUGGAGUACCUGCGGGAGGCUGAGGUGUGCACGGAGUCAGAGGACAAGGUGCUGGCAGAAAAGCAAGUCCAAGAAGCUGAGGAGGAGAAAAGGAUCCGGACACUGCUGAAUGCAAGCUGUGACAACAUGCUGAUGGGCAUAAAGUCUCUGAAAAUAGUGAAGAAGACAAUGGACACAGAUGGCUCUUGGAUGAAAGAUGCUGUCAGAGACUCUCCAAAAGUUUAUCUCUUAAUUGGAUCCAGAAACAACACUGUCUGGGAAUUUGCCAGCAUACGGGCAUUCAUGGAAGACAGCACCAAGCCAGGCCCCCGGAAGCUGAUCCUAACACAUUCCUGGCAGGGGACAGGCCAAGUGAUCUACAAAGGUUUCCUAUUUUUUCACAGCCAAGGGACUCCCAAUGAGAUCAUCAAAUAUAACCUGCAGAAGAGGACCGUGGAAGAUCGGAUGCUGCUCUUGGGAGGGGCAGGCAGAGCCCUGGCCUACCCACACUCCCCCUCGACUUACAUUGACCUGGCUGUGGAUGAGCACGGGCUCUGGGCCAUCCACUCAGGGCCAAGCACCCACGGCCAUUUGGUUCUCACGAAAAUUGAGCCUGACACACUGGGAGUGGAACACUCAUGGGACACUCCAUGCAGAAGUCAGGAUGCUGAAGCCUCAUUCCUCUUGUGUGGUGUCCUCUACGUGGUCUACAGUUCUGGUGGCCUCGGCCCGCAUCGCAUCACUUGUGUCUAUGAUCCGCUGGGCGCUGUCAUUGAGGAGAAUCUGCCCAACGUGUUCUUCCCCAGGCGGUCAAGAAGUCACUCCAUGAUUCAUUACAACCCUAGAGAUAAGCAGCUCUAUGCCUGGAAUGAUGGAAACCAGAUCAUUUACAAACUCCAGACAAAGAGAAAGCAGCCUCUGCAAUGAUGCGUUGCAGCCACGAGGGAGAGCGCCGGGGACACUGCUCUCCAGGAGACGGAAGCCACAGCCCCUUUGCAAUAUAGUAUCCCUCUAAUCGCACACAGGGAGGGGGCUGGAAGUGGGAAUGCACACGCAUCCUUUUCCAGAUGGUACUGCCUUCAGUAUCUUCCAAGAGCAUAGAUGAGAGUCUGUCAUUCAGGAAUUUUCAACAACUUCCAUUACCCAUCCAAACCUCCUGGAGCUCAAGGCCUUCCACAUUCCGAUCCAGCUUACUUCCAGCCUUUUCUUUUACUAGCAUUUACUCUAACUCUCCCCACCACCCCCGCUCCGAGCCAUUAGAAAUGUAAGCCACCCCUAAUACUCCUGGCUUCUCUCCCCUCUGGCCUUUGCUCAAAGCUCUUUCCUCUUUCACAAAUGCCUACUGAUAUUCUCCCAUUAUUCACUGCCCAAAUAAAGUAUUAUUUCUUAUUGAUGUUUAAUCUCGGUUUCCCCUGGUUCUGCCCCUCCACCAAGCCAGGCGGAUGUAAUAAUAAAGUGAAAACAUCACCAUUUGAA